AUGGGAACAAAGUUUAGAGCAUCAGUUAUCACUCUUUUUCUUUCAUCCCUCCUUCUUCAUCAGCUGGUGUUUUCGGAAUCCAACGAUGGAUUAGUGAGAGUUGGACUGAAAAAGUUUAAGUUAGAUGAAAACAACAGGAUCGCUGCUCCUCGACUUACCCCGCAACUACCGGAUUCUCAAAAGGAUGGCGUCACUGUAAGGCUAAAGAAUUACGAUAACAUGCAGUACUACGGUGAGAUUUCAAUCGGUACACCACCACAGAACUUCACCGUGCAUUUUGAUACAGGAAGCUCUAAAAUGUGGAUACCUUCAUCAAGGUGCUGCUUAUCUCGUUGGUGUUUCUUUGCCCGUCGUUCAAAAACAUCUAAAAGGAACAAAUACAAUUCCUGUCGUUCAAGAACGUAUAAAAAGAACGGAACAUCUGCUGAGAUACACUAUGAUUCAGGUUCAAUAUCUGGCAAUGUUAGCCAAGACAAUGUUAUAGUUGGUGGUUUAACAAUCAAGAAUCAGGGCUUUAUUGAAGCAACAAUACCGCCUGAUUCUGCGUUUCAGUCUAGUAAGUUUGAUGGCGUUCUUGGCCUUGGAUUUAAGGAGCUAAAUGAUUUAGGUGUUGUUCCAGUAUGGUACAACAUGAUGAAUCAGGGUCUGAUUCGGAAUCAAGUAUUCUCAUUUCGGCUUGAUAGAAACAAAAAAGAAGAGGAAGGAGGUGAACUUGUGUUUGGUGGGAUUGAUCCAAAGCAUCACAAGGGGGACCAUACUUAUGUCCCUGUGACCGGAAAGGGUCAUUGGCAGUUUGCUACGAGUAAUGUUUUAAUCAAUGGUCAAUCAAUAGGUGUGUGCAGAUUUGAUUGUUCUACAGUUGUGGAUUCUGGAACUUCUUUGUUGUCAGGUCCAAUGACUGCAAUUACCAUGAUAAACCAUGAACUUGGAGUCAACGAAACAGGAUUAGUAAGUCAUGAAUGUAAGUCAAUUGUUGAAGAGUAUGGACAAACCAUUCUGAAAAUGCUCCCAGGAGAGGCUAACAAAAUUUGUUCCCUAAUUGGAUUAUGCCCAGUUAAUGGAACUAAGAGUAUCGAGGAAAGUGAUGAUAGAAGAACAAUAGAUGUUUACUCUAUGGGUAUGUGCAGAACUUGUGAAAUGGUAGUUGUAUGGAUGGAGAGUCGGCUAAUGAAGAAACAAACAGAAAAUAAUAUUUUAAACUAUGUUAAUAAGCUCUGUAAUUCACUGUCAAGACCAUUUGAAUCAUAUUUUGUGGAUUGUUCGCAAGUUUCCUCAAUGCCUAUAAUUUCGUUUUUAAUUGGCGAUAGAAAUUUUACUCUCUCAUCUAAGGAGUAUAUAUGGAAGGAAGGAGAAGGUGAUGCUGAACAAUGCAUCAGUGGCUUUUUUUCCAAUGUUGAUUAUUAUUCUACAUGGAUUUUGGGGGACAUGUUCAUGGGUCGUUAUCACACCGUAUUUGACUAUGGAAAAUCUAAAAUUGGAUUUGCAGAUGCUGCAUAA